AUGAAAGGAGUAGAGCAUUUAAACUCAGAAAAUGGUAACCUAUUAUCGAAAUAAGGAGGCCAAAGCCCAGUGGAGGUUUUAAUUAGAUAAGUUGAUUCAACUAUCAACAGGGAAAGAACUGGAACAAAUACUGUUGGCCCUUCUGUGCCUUAUGGCAAGCUGUACUCAUUGGCGUCUGGAUCAGAUAAGACCCUAAUGAUCGUAGGGUGGCUAUCUGCAUCCAUCGCCGGUUGUGGUAUGCCAUCAUUUGUUUUUCUUAUCGGAAAUGUCAUUGAUUCCUUUGAUACUACAAAGUCAGGACCAGAGGAUAUGCUAGACACUAUCAGUUUUAUGUCAUUGCUUUUCACAUGCAUUGGUAUUGCAGUAUGGAUUUUUUCAUAUAUAAACUACACUUGCCUGCUAAUCUUUAGUGAGAGUGUAGCAUUUAAAACAAGAGUCAAGUACUUUUAAAGUAUCUUGAAAUAAGAAAGUGCCUGGUUUGACACAAUUAAUCCUAGUGAACUAUCAUCAAGACUAGGCAAGGAGAUAUAAGCUAUAUAGAAGGCACUGGGAGAAAAAAUGGGCACCAUCAUUUUAGCAUUUUCUAUGACAGUAGCAGGUUUGACCUUCGCAUUUUCUAAAGGAUGGAGUUUCUCAUUGGUUGUAUUGGCAAGUUUUCCCUUCAUUAGUAUCUCUACCUCACUUGUUACUAAGGUCAUGCAGCAAGGUUUCCAAGAAAACAUGAAGGCAUAUGGUUAAAGUGCGGGCUACGCCGAUUAAGCUCUUAAUGCUAUAAGAGUCGUUGUUGCUUAUGGACAAGAAACCAGAGAGGUUAAAAACUAUAGCAAAUAUCUGAACAGAGCUAAGUCUGCUGGUAUCAAGACACACUUUAAAGGCUCACUAACUAUUGCAUUCUUUAUGUCAUCAAUAUUUGCAACUUAUGCUUAUUCUUUCUAUAUGGGAAGCGUUUGGAUCUAUAAUGAUAUCAGAAACGAUUCUGCUAAAAGAAUGUACAGUGCCGGAGAUGUUCUUGGAUGUUUCUUCGGAGUUGUCUUUGGAAUGUUCUCAAUGGGUAUGGCUACUCCUAACCUCAAGGCUGUAGCUGAAGGAAGAGUAGCUGGAAAGAUGGCUUUUGAUAUUAUUGACAGAAAACCACUAAUUGACUAAGAUUCAAACUAAGAUAAGAAAAUCGAAGCAUUAAAAGGUGAGAUUGAAUUUAAGGAUGUAACAUUUUACUAUCCUUCCAGACCUGACAAUUAGAUCUUGAAAAACUUCUCAGCUAAGUUUGAACUCGGUAAAACAACUGCAAUCGUUGGGCCAUCAGGUUCUGGAAAAAGUACAAUAGUUUAACUGAUAGAAAGAUUUUACGAUCCCUUAGAAGGUUAAGUAUUAAUUGACGGUUAAAAUUUGAAAGAUUUGAACUUGAGAGAUUUUAGACAGAAAGUUGGAUACGUUGGAUAGGAACCAAUCUUAUUCAAUACAACAAUCAAAGAGAAUGUUAAACUAGGAAAACCCACAGCAACUGAUGAAGAAAUAGAGACCUCGCUCAAGAAAUCAAACGCUUGGGAAUUCAUUCAAAAGCAUGAACAAGGAAUAGACCUACAUGUAGGUGCAGCUGGAGGACAAAUUUCUGGAGGUUAGAAGCAAAGAGUUGCUAUUGCAAGAGCUUUCAUUAAACGCCCCAAAAUUCUUAUAUUUGAUGAGGCCACAUCUGCCCUUGAUAAGAAGAAUGAAGCUGAGGUGUAAGCAUCUAUUGAUGCAAUUAGAGCAGAGCUUGGCUAAGUAACAACAGUUGUUAUUGCCCAUAGACUCUCAACCAUUAAGAAUGCUGAUACAAUUCUUGUGAUGAAAAAGGGAAAGAUUGUUGAAAAAGGAAAUCAUGAUUCACUAUUGAAAUAAUUCCCACAAGGUAUCUAUUCCUAGUUAGUCAGAUAGCAAGAAUAAGUUGAUGAUGGUAAGCCAGUUGACUUAGAUAGCACCUUCUCCAAUGGAGAUUAGAUUGAACAGGAGAACAAAGUUAAGUACAAUGAAGAAUAUGCAACAGGUUAAGCAAGAAAAGAUAUGCAACAAAAUCCAAGUCCCACUAAGAAAGAUGAUUGGACUCCAGAAAAGAAAGUUUCAAUGAAAGGGACUAGGGAUAGUAUUGCAACUUUGAUCCCAAGAAAAGGUACUGUCUAAGUAGAAAAAGAGCAGAAGCAAUUAGACUAUGAGAAUGAGAUGAAAGAUAGAUCAGAUAAAACUGACGAAAAAGUCGAUCAAGAUUAGGCUAACCUUAUGAAAAAGAUUGAAAAAGACGGUUUUAUGAAAAGGCUUUCACCCUACAACAAACCAGCUAUUAACAUAGUCAUUGGUCUCAUCAUGUCUUGCAUUUAGGGAUGUAUCUUCCCAACUUUUGGUAUCUUUAUCACCAAGAUGCUGUUUUCACUUAUGCAACUUGAUAAGAAUAAGUUGAGAUCUAUGUCAGAUGAGUGGUGUCUUUACAUGUUCCUCUGUGCUGUUGUCUGUCUAAUCACUACCUUCUCUUAAAAGUUCAGUUUUGGAAUUAUUGGAGAAAACAUUACUUUCAAUAUUAGACAGCAAUUGUACGCCUCACUCUUAAAGAAACAUUUGGGCUGGUUCGAUAAAAGAGAUAAUGCACCAGGAGUUUUAACUUCAGUUUUAUCAAGUGAUGUUCAGACUCUUAACGGUGCAAGCACUGAGGGUCUCGCUGUUAUGCUUGAGUCACUAUUCGCUAUUUGCUGUGGUAUCAUUCUUGGUUUUGUCUUCUCAUGGAAAGUUAGUUUAGUCGCUUUAGGCUGUGUUCCUUUCAUGAUGCUUGGUGGAUCAAUCAAUGCCAAAUUUUAAGCUGGUAUGACAAGUGUUGACGAGGAUGCAUAUAAAGAUGCUAAUCUUUUAGCAGGAGAUUCAAUCAAUAACUACAGGACUGUUGCUAGCUUUGGGCAUGAUAACUUACUCAUUGAAUAAUACAAAAGAUAUAUUGAUUUGCCAGCUUAAACCGCUAUGAGAAAAGCUCACUGUAUUGGAUUUUGGUUUGGAUUCUCAUAGUUUGUUCAAAAUGCCGUCUUUGCAUUGCUUUAUUGGGCAGGUGCUUAAUUCAACUAUCACAGUCCUGAUACAACUGGUGAAAAUGUUUUCUAAGCUACAUUCGCUAUGAUGUUCGGAGCCUUUGCUGCUGGGCAGGCAAAUUAAUUCGGACCAGAUAUUGGAAAAGCUAAAAAAGCUGGUUUGACUAUAUUUGGAUUUAUCGAUUUACCAACUAGAAUUAAUGCCGUAGAUAUUAAACCAGAAGCUAAAUCAAUCGAUGCUUCAAAAUUCAGAGGGGAAAUUGAAUUUAGAGAUGUCUGGUUUAGAUAUCCAACAAGGAAAAAUGAAUGGGUAUUUAAGGGACUUAAUCUUAAGAUUCACCCCAAUGAAUCUGUUGCUGUUGUCGGUGAAUCAGGUAGUGGAAAGAGCACACUAGUUAACCUUGUGUUGAGAUUCUACGAUCCUGACCACGGACAAGUCUUAAUUGAUGGCGUUGAUGCAAGAGAAUAUAACUUAAAGCAACUUAGAUCGAGAAUGGGUCUUGUGAUGUAGGAACCUACACUUUUCAACUACACAAUCAAAGAGAACAUUCUUUAUGGUAAAGAUGAUGCUGCCGAUUCAGAAAUUAGAGAGGCUGCUAAAGUUGCAAAUGCUUUAGAGUUCAUUGAAUCUCAGGAAUUACAAAUGGCAUUUGAAGAUAGUGGAAUUGCUCUCUAUCAAGCUUACACAAGAGAAAAUGAUGCGAUCAUCGAAAUAAUUGGAGAAGAAAAGUAUCAAAGCAACAUCAAAGCUCUUGAAGUAUUAAUGAAAAAGGAACAAAAUGCCGGUAAAUUCUAAGGCAUUACUGGAGACGUUGAUGAAAGACCAGAUCAACUUAAAGAUAUUACUCUUCACAAUGGAUUUGAGAUACAAUGCGGUGUCAAAGGUGGUAAAUUAUCAGGUGGCCAAAAGCAAAGAAUCGCUAUUGCUAGAGCAGUAGUCAGAAAACCAAAUAUUCUCAUUUUGGAUGAGGCAACUAGUGCCCUUGAUGAGGAAUCGCAGAGAAAAGUACAGUAGGCUCUAGAGAAUAUUAUGGGCGGCAGAACAUCUAUCGUCAUCGCACAUAGACUCACAACAGUUGAAAAAUGCUCAAGAAUUGCUGUUAUUGAGGAUGGUAAAGUUGCCGAGGAAGGCAAAUUCAAUGAACUUAAAAACUAAGAGGGAGGAUUUUUCGCCAAUUUAGCUGCAGGAAUGAAAAAGGCAGAAGAAAUGCAAAAGAAAAAGGCUACUCAUUGA